GAUCACAAGUGUAAAUAGAUAUGUCCGGAGUAGUCAAAAAGGUCCCAGUAGGUACUUCAUUUUAACUAUCAUGGAGGAAGAACAUAAAGAGGAGAUGCCUGUAGCAGUUGAGGAACCACACGUUACUACAGAAGAAACACCCACCAGUCAACAAGAGGCCCUUACAGAACUGGAAAAUGUCAAAGACACUCCAACAGCUGAGGUUGAAAUGGCAUCAGAUGAGAAAAGUGUACAAGACUCUGAAACAGGAGGUGAAAAAGUUGCAGAUGUAAACACUGAUGCAGUAGAAGAUGGCGAUAAUAAAGAAUCAGAAGACCAAGAAGUCGAAUCUAAUGAAGUAAAGAUUGAGGAUGCACCAGCACAAGUAGCUGAAAAUGGGGAAGUUAAAGAUGGAGGUAAUGGUGAAGAAAAUGAUGGUACUACUGAAAGGAAAGAUACUGAAGGUGGAGACCAAACCAGCCCAGGAGAAGAGGAAAAUGAAGAGGAUCAGGUGACAAAGGCUGGGUCACAGCCUGAUCCACAACAGCAGACAGCUGAGGAAGAAGAACCCAAGUCCCCCUUACCAGAAAGCAGUACUUUUGGUGAGGGUGAAAGGCCUGAGACACCAGUUGUUGCUGUUACUGAUCCACUGUCUAGAGAAGGUAGCCCUGUUCAAGAACCACCUCAAGCAAUUCCACCAGGAACACCUGAAAGAAUAAGAUCUCCCGUCAUAGAAGAAGAUAGAUAUGAAGAGGAGGAAGUAGAGGAAGAGGAUCAGUUGGAGCCAAGAGAAAAAAUUGUAGAACGCUAUCAAGUAAGAUUUUUAACUCCUGUAUUUUAAAUAGGAUGAGAUUUU